CUGGCGUCGAACCUCGGGACGGUUUCGGCCCAGACGCUGGCGUCUCUGGGCAACGCCAGCUCGGGUCUGAGCAACGGCCAGAUCGGCUCGGCCUCCCCCUCGGUGCUGCUGACCUCCCUGCCCACGCUGAGCUCGGUGAGCGGCUGGAGCCAGGGCCAGGCCUCCAUCAUCGUGGGGGUCAUCACGGCCGGCGGGUUCCAGGCCGACCGGGCGCCCGCCCUGGCCUCGCUGGGCUCGCUGGUGGCCGGCCUCCCGGCCGCCGCCAUGCAGGAGGUCCCCGCCUCCGAGCUGCUCAACAUCAUUUCUGUGGACGCCAGUCCGGUCCAGGUGGUCCAGAACGUCCCGGACGCCAUGGCGACGCAGAUCCCCCCCCGCCUGCUGGCGUUCCCGGGGGAGAACGCCGACAUCAGCGUGAUGAACAGAAAGACCUGGACGUCCAGCCAGGCCGCCAUGUUUUUCGGGUCUUUGGAGAAAACUGACUUUGACCUGGACGAGUGA